AUGGAACAGUACAAAGCUUCCAUCGAGAGCGUCGACAACGCUCUGAACAGGCUCAACCAGACGCUAGCAUCUUACCGGCUGCUCUCUCAGCAGAACGCGAAAGCAAAGGCUGAGGAAGAGGCCCGAAAACAACAGAUCGAGCAGGCGAAACAGCAUGCUCCUCCACCCCCACGUGACCUCCCCGUCCCUGCCACAGCACCCUCUGCCCAGGCCCAGGCUCAGGACCCUCAGGCCACCGCCCGAGCUCGCGUGGGAAGAGUUCAGGAAGCGAAUGCGCGGUUGAGGCAGGAUCCGUACAACCUGCCUCUCCACCUUGUCCUCUCGCGGAUCUACCUUGUUAUGGGAUAUCCUGACCUCGCAGCUGGCACCGCAUACAAGGCUCUCAUCCUCUCGGACGCGUUGGACGAUGAAGCGGAGGAGUAUCAUGACGAGGCUGCCGAGUCUCUCAAGGCCACGAUCCAGCAGCAGCCGCUUGAGGAGAGGAUCCAAAUCAUUAGACGUGCCAUGGAUGCCGAGUUGCAGAAUCAGACGCCUUCGGAGCUGGACCCGGCCUUGGAUGUCGAAAUAACGCUUUGGAUGAAGGAACACUACCGGCUGAUUAUCUACCGACUGCUAUCUCGAAGUCUGCUUCUCUGCGGAUGCCUGCGAAGUGCCAUGACUUAUGCCGAGAGAGGACUCGAGAUCUACACGCAAGACGCAGAAUUGACUGAGAUUCUUGGCCUGGUACUAGAAGCAGGAGACCACCUCCCCAACGAACCGGACGAAGACUCGCCGAUGAGCGAAUGGCCGGACAAUGGCUUUGUGCGUCGGGAGAGAUAUCCCUGGAAUCGCCACGAGCCUAACCGGUUCGAGCAACUUGAUCAUAUCAACCAGCUCAUGCUGGAAGCAUCCGACAAACUCGAAGUUCGCACUAUUGAUCUGCCCUCGUUGACUGGACUGGACCCCAAGGGAAUCUCGACGCAGUUAGGCGUCUUUGCCAAACAAGACAUUGCACCUGGCGAACAGCUUCUUUGCGAGACCAGUCUACUCACAGCCAAUAACAAGCUACAAGACGCUUUAUGUGAUGCAUGCAGCGCCGACCUCCCAGAGCUUGGGUCCCCCGAGUACGAGAAAGUGAAAGCAUGUGAAGAGUGCGAGGUCGUCUUCUGCAGUGAAUGGUGUUACCAAGCAGCCAUGGACUCGUACCACCCAGCCCUUUGCGACAAAGACGUCGAAGCCAUCGCCAAGGACGUCGAACCCGCAGAAGCCGCCGACGCCCUCUACUCUCUCCUCCUUCUCCGCGCCCUCGCGAUGGCCGAACACCAAGAAUGCCACCCCCUCGAACUAGACGCAGUCAAAUACAUCUGGGGCGACUUCUCCCCAAUCCCCGCCAUCGGCCAAAUCCUCUACACCGACCUCGACAGCCCGCACUCCUGCACGAUCCCACGCAACCUCCCCUUCUCCUUCGAGCACAACAUCAUCCGGCCCUUCCACAUGCUCGAGAAGAUGGACAUCGACAUCUUCGCCACGGCCCACCUCUACGACACCUGGAUCUUCAACACCCUCUACGCCAAAUUCCGCGGCACCGCCUCGGCGCGCCUCUCCGGUCUCGGCGGCCGCGCCAUGCGCGGCCCCGAAGUCUCCGCCGUGCAUCCCAUGUGGUGCCUCGCGAACCACAGCUGCGACCCCAACGUCACGUGGGACUGGGGCGGGCAGAUCCAGUUCACGGCGCGGACGGAGCGCGUGCAGUGGCGCGGCAAGGGCGGCAAGAUGCUGCAGAAGAGCAAAGCGGGGAUCAAGAAGGGCGAGGAGAUUCUCAAUCAUUACUGUGAUGUGGAUUUGCCCGUAAGGGAGCGGAGGGAGUGGGCGAGAGGUGCGCUGGGUGGGGAUUGUAUGUGUGCGAGGUCGGAACCCGGGCCCUCGUUUGACGUUCCAAGAAGAAAAAUUACCAUCGGCGUGUUUUAA